AUGGCACAAGCUGCCGGCUGCAGCAAGCGCACCAUCCUGAGAAUCUCUUCCAAUAUACGGCUGUUUGGCAGCGUCAAGGCGCCUCCUAACAAAGGCGGACGGCCACGAAGCCUCACUCCAUUUAUGCUAGAAGCUCUUUGCGAUCACCUGCUCGAAAAGCCCAACCUAUAUCUUGACGAGAUGGGGAUUUUUCUACGGGACGAAUUCGAUGUCCAAGCAACAAAAUCUAGCAUCAGCCGCGCUCUUGCAUCGAAAGGCUGGUCAAAAAAGACUGCGCGCGUCAAAGCUAGAGAGCGCAAUCAAGACCUACGUGAUGAGUACUUUCACUUUAUCUCAGAUUUCCAUUCGUACCACCUUGUCUACGUGGAUGAAUCUGGAUGUGAUAAAAGGAUAGGCUUCAGGCGAACGGGUUGGUCCCCACUAGGAACGACACCAGUUCAGGUGUCCAAAUUCCAUCGUGAUAAACGAUAUCAGAUACUGCCUGCAUACGCCCAAGAUGGCAUUGUUUUCUCUCGAGUGUUCCAAGGCUCGACUGAUGCAUCCGUCUUUGAGGAUUUUAUUGAGCAGCUUCUCCAGCAUUGUGGAAAAUGGCCUGAGCCGAGAUCCGUAUUAGUCAUGGACAACGCAUCCUUUCACCACUCAGAACGGAUAGAGCAGAUGUGUUCAGAAGCUGGUGUGAAGCUGAUGUAUCUACCUCCGUAUUCUCCAGACCUGAAUCCCAUUGAGGAGUUCUUUGCGGAGCUAAAAGCCUUUAUUCGGCGACAUUGGCCAUCUUAUGAAGAUAACCCGGAUCAAGGAUUCGAUAACUUUCUCGAGUGGUGUGUUGACGUGGUGGGAGCAAGGGAGGAGAGCGCCCAGGGACACUUCCGGCACGCAGGCCUAACCGUUGAGGCAUAG